AUGGCUCAGUAUGAUGCUAUCGGAACGCAGUAUGAUGUCAUCAAGAAGACGCCCUUCAACAAACUCGAGCAGUUCAAUUUUCGCAAGCACAUUGAGCCGUUCCUCCAACGCCACGGCACAAAGGUCCUUGACCUAGCAUGCGGAACCGGAUUCUACUCCAGUCUCCUUCUUGAAUGGGGGGCCAGUUUCGUCGUGGGCGUCGACAUAUCGUCCCCAAUGGUAAAUGCGGCCGAGGCUCGAAUAGCCGAGACACCAUACGCGUCUCAAGCUCGAUUUGUGCAGGGCAAUGGACUCAUUCCACAAGAAUAUAGCGCCGAGAAUAAUGGAUUUGAUGUGGUUUCUGGCGCCUGGUUUCUCAACUACGCCAGCAACCUGGAUCAGUUGGCAUCCAUGUUCCGCACCAUAUCCGCGAAUCUAAACUCCAACGGAGUCUUUAUCGGCAUAUGCAUGCACCCCACGGAUGACUUGGAAUCUUUCGCCUCUGGCGUGAACAACAGCGCCUGGGCUCAAACGGGUGUUCAUUACAAAUUCGGCAACGUGCUUCCGAGGGGGAUUGGCUUCCCUAUCAGAGUGUUUGGCUCUGUUUCGCCAGAUAGCAAGGUUGAAUUUGGGACAUUUCAUCUCAAAAAGAGCCUCUAUGAACAGGCGGCCCGUGUUGGAGGGAUGGCGGGGAGAAUUGUGUGGCAGAAUUGCGAGUUUCUGGGCGAAACAUGGCGAGAGGAGAUUGGCCUCCAGGGCGACGAUGAUGGAUGGCGCAGCCUACAAGAGUAUCCGCUGUUAUGUACUCUUCUUGUUUGGAAGGAAUAA